ACUAUUACGAAGUGUAUGUUUUUUCAUUUUUAAAGUGGUCAAAAAGUCAAAAUUCCCGGAAAUUGCAACGAUCACUGCAAAAAUCACACACUAAACCUCUGUCUACUGCCUUCUAUUUCUCUCCCUCGAUCUCGUUGGUUUUCGGAAGUAAUCUAUAGAUUUUGGUGUUCCAGCAUCUUUUCGCUUUCGUCAGGUUUUAGGUCCUUGUUGAUAAACACACUGGAAUUACUUAGAAGUCUGACAAUAUGCACGGUGGCUUUAAUGUUCCGAAUAUGUCGGGUACACUUACAUCUCGAAAUUCAUCCAUGAAUAGUGUCGCUUCUGGUGGGGUUCAACAACCAACAGGGAAUGUUCCAGGGGGGAGAUUUGCAUCAAAUAACAUCCCAGUUGCUCUGUCUCAGAUGUCUCAUGGGAGCUCACAUGGUGGAUAUUCAGGAGUCACAAAUAGAGGAGGUAUGAAUGUUGUAGGAAGCCCUGGAUAUAGCAGUAAUACAAAUGGAGUUGGUGGCUCUAUUCCUGGGAUUCUCCCCACCUCUGCUGCAAUUGGUAAUCGUAGUGCUGUUCCAGGCCUAGGAGUCUCCCCUGUGUUGGGAAAUGCCGGUCCUCGAGUUACUGGCUCAGUGGGAAGUAUGGUAGGCAGUGGCAACAUUGGGAGAAGUAUAGGUUCAGGUGGAGGACUAUCUGUGCCUGGCCUUGCUUCUCGCUUGAAUAUGUCUGCAAACAGUGGAUCUGGGAGCUUAGGUGUGCAAGGACCAAAUAGAUUAACCGGCGGUGUACUUCAACAAGCUUCUCCGCAGAUGCUUUCUAUGUUUGGAAACUCUUAUCCUUCUGCCGGGGGCCCUCUUUCGCAGAACCAUGUCCAAGCAGUGAAUAAUUUAAGCUCCAUGGGAAUGUUAAGUGAUGAGAACUCCAAUGACGCCCCUUUUACUUUAAAUGACUUUCCUCAGUUAGGUAGUCGCCCUAACUCUGCUGGAGGUCCACAAGGACAAAUAGGUUCUCUGCGAAAACAAGGCCUCGGAGUUAGUCCCAUUGUUCAGCAAAACCAGGAAUUUAGCAUCCAAAAUGAGGAUUUUCCUGCCUUACCAGGUUUCAAAGGUGGAAAUGCCGAUUAUGGGAUGGAUUUCCAGCAAAAGGAACAGAUUCAUGAUAAUGGUGUACCAAUGCAAUCUCAACACUUCUCUAUGGGAAGAUCACCUGGCUUCAACUUAGGAGGAAUGUACUCAUCACAUCGUCCACAGCAGCAACAGCAACAUUCACUUUCGAAUAGCAUGCCCCCUGGCAUCAGCCUAAGGUCCAUGAACACUCCGGGUGGGAUUUCUAAUAUGAAUUCUUACGAGCAGCAGUUUAUGCAGCAGUAUCAACAACAUAACCAGACACAAUUUCGCCUUCAACAGUUGCCAUCUCUCAAUCAAACUUUUAGAGAUCAGGGCGUAAAGCCAAUACAAUCUCCACAACCUGCUCCAGAUCCAUAUGGAUUACUUGGCUUAUUGAGUGUGAUAAGAAUGAGUGAUCCUGAUCUGACAUCUCUUGCCCUUGGAAUUGAUCUAACAACAUUGGGAUUGAAUUUGAAUUCAUCAGAAAAUCUUCACAAAACUUUUGCCUCCCCUUGGUCUGAUGAACCAGCCAAGGGUGAACCUGAGUUUAUGAUACCUGAAUGUUAUCAUGAAAAACAACCUCCUCCACUAAGUCAAGCUUAUUUUGCAAAGUUUCAGCUGCCAACACUGUUCUACAUAUUUUACAGCAUGCCAAGAGAUGAAGCCCAGAUAUAUGCAGCCAAUGAACUCUAUAACAGAGGUUGGUUCUACCACAAAGACCUCCGACUUUGGUUUAUGAGAGUUCCCAACAUGGAGCCUCUUGUUAAGACCAAUGCAUAUGAAAGAGGUUCUUAUGUUGCCUUUGAUCCCAAUACAUGGGAUACGUCUAUUAAGGAGAAUUUUGUUAUACAUUAUGAACUUGUUGAGAAAAGACCAGCUCUACAUCAUCAAUAGGUCUCCUGGUAGAUUGUACAUUCAGUGGCCGAUUAUGCUUGGGUUCAGCACCAGCCCUCUAGUGCUGCAAGAAAUCUACCUUGUGAUAAUUUAAAGAAAAUUUUGCAUUUAAUUAGGCAUUAAUUUUUAGGACCUGAAAGGUGCAAAGCUAAUUUCUUCUUUCAAUUAGUUACAGAAUUGUAAAUUCCAGUGUAUUAUUAGACUGAACCGGAUGGUGUAGGUACAGUUUGAUUUGGGAGUUCAAUAACAAAAUCCUGUUGUGUUUUUCCCCAUUGUCGGAUUUUGAAAGUUUUUAAUGUAUAUUCUUUAGUUUUUAAUGUAUAUUCUUUAGUUUGCAAUCCA